AUGGAUGGUGGUCAAGGUUUUCGGGACUUUAAAGCCUUUAACAUGACUCUUGUGGGUAAGAAUUGGUGGCGAAUGCACCGGAAUCCGGAUUUAUUGCUUUCUCGUGUUUAUCAAUCUGUGUAUUUUCCUAGGGGUGAUUUGUGGAAUGCGAGGAAGGGUGGCAGGCCUAACUAUGCUUGGUCCAGUUUGUGGAAGACGAGGUGGCUCUUUGACGAAGAGUCGGUGUGGCGAGUGGGGAAUGGUAAAACUAUCCGAGUUAGUGACAACCGUUGGCUCCCCCAAGGUAGCCCGUUGGUUUACCGCGAGGAGGAAGCAUCCACACUUGGGGUGGUGCAUGUUUCAAACCUUAUGCUCCCUGGGAGAAUGUGUUGGAAUGCUGAUCUUAUUAGACAUAUCUUUUGGCCUCCUACAGCGGAAGGAAUUCUCAAGAUUCCUCUACCUAUGGUGCCAAGAGAUGAUGUGAUGGCGUGGCCGCAUACUAUCAAUGGGGAGUAUACCUCAAAAUCUGGUUAUGUUGUGGCUCGAAAUAAAGUGUUGCAUGGCACGUCGUCUUCCUCCUUGGCUUUGCAGGUCCCCCCGGUGGUCUGGAAGGUGCUAUGGAGUACACACACGCUGCCUAGGUGCCGAGAACUUAUAUGGAGGGGUUGCUUGAAAAUCCUCCCUACGCGUGGUGCCCUUUGCUCACGGGGUUUGGACGUGGACGAUCUCUGUCCCUGGUGCGCGGUGCAGCCUAAAACAGCAGCCCAUGAGAUAUUUUUUUGCCCAGUGGUUAAACGCUGGUGGUUCGCUUCCUCGUUAGGACUCCGACUGGAUGAUGAGAUGGAAUUUCAUGAGUUUGUGGCGGAAUUCUUCAGCAGAGCGGAUGAGGGAUGCAUAUCCAGAUUUUGUGAGCUUUGCUACAUCUUCUGGGAGGCGCGAAACAGGUUGGUUUUUGAUGGUGUGGUACAUGAUGGAGUUGUUGUUUUCGCGAGCUGCCUCGCUUGCCAGCCCACCUCUAAGUGCUUCUCAUGUCCGAGUUCAAGCGGAGCUGCAAGCUUCGGGUUUAUUGCUAGGAACGAGAAUGGAGAGGUCCUCGCAGCUGCCACGAAACCAGCAAUGGCGUGUUUAUCUCCUUUGUUGGCGGAAGCGGAAGCUUUCAGGUGGAACAUGGGUUUAGCGUUGGAGUUGGGCUUCCGCGUGGUGAUGAUGGAGAGGGAUUGCAAAGCUCUUCAUGAUGCUUGGUUCAAGAAGGACAAGGGCUGCUCUUAUUUAUUUUCUGUUAUUUCUGAUUGUAAUGACUUGGCCUCGAGUUUUGCCUCUUUUGGUUUUUAUUUUGUUCGUAGAACUGGUAAUAAGGUAGUAGACCUUUUGGCGAAGCAUGCUGGUGACUUUGGUGAUUCGGUUCGACGAAGAUCCCCACUUCUUCAUGCCGUUUGUCCUUGA